UCUGAUUGGCUGUAGCAGUGUUCCAGCGGCACCUCCGGCAGCCAAUAGGAAGACAGGAGCGCGUGUAAAAGCUCCUCCGUGCAGAUGUCGGUUAUUGAAAGAAAGAAAGAAAGAAAGAAAGAAAGAAAGAAAGAAAGAAAGAAAGAAAGAAAGAAAGAAAGAAAGAAAGACAGACAGAAAGACAGAAAGAGAGAAAGAGAAAGCUGGAGGGUUGAUAUCUCCGAGGAACAUAUCAAAAGAAGAAGAAUUGAAGAAUUCUGAAAAACUCUGAAUUUCUGUCUCGGCUGUCUGUGUGGGACUCACAGACCUGUGAACCCUGAUCUCCAGAGAUACUGGCAGAGGGCCUCACUACAUUCUGUCUAGAACAUUUUCUUCUUCUCCCCCCCCACCCCCUCGUCUGGUCAUGGCUCCGUCCCUGGCCACAGCAUUCGCCAGGCGAUGGUGGAUGGCAUUGACAGCCAUCAUAGAGAACCUGUUUUUCUCAGCUGUCCUGCUGGGCUGGGGAUCACUACUCAUCAUGCUGAAGUCUGAAGGUUACUACUCCUACAUGUGCAAUGGAGAAGGUAACCACACCUCCUCCCCCAACCUGUCUGUCCCCCACCCUCCACCAGGGGUCAAUGAUGAAUACAGUGAUUACUACUCAGAGGAGGAGGGUGUGGUGGGGCUGGGGGAUGGAGUAGAGAUGAGGCCUCUGGCUCCCCAGGACCAUUACGGACCCAUGAGGAUGAACGGCUGGCUCAUCUGUAAGGACCAGGAUGAGAUGUUGAACCUGGCCUUCACCGUGGGAUCAUUUCUCCUCUCAGCCAUCACUCUGCCGCUGGGCAUCGUCAUGGACAAAUACGGCCCACGAAACCUACGACUACUGGGCAGUGCCUGUUUCUCCUUUUCCUGUCUCCUCAUCUCCUACGGUGCAUACAAUCCUGAUGAGCUGUCUGUACUCAUCUUCAUCGCUCUGACGUUCAACGGCUUCGGAGGCAUGUGCAUGACCUUCACCUCCCUCACGGUAAGAGA